CGGCCCUGGAUCUUGGCGGAGGGAGAUUGGAGGGAGAACAGAACGCUGACAAGAGACAGCCCAGCGACGUCGAGCUGCCUCCAAGGGGGGACCCUUGCGCGCACAGAAGCGAUGCGGUAUACGCUGCAUCCCGGCUGUUCGGCACAUUCGCCAGCUAGCGGCACAGGUAACCCCCGCCAAGUACGCGCCAUCAAGCACCAAAGUAUCUGGGUCUCUUGGCUGUUUCGCCGGCCUUGGCGAGCACUUGCCUUACCACGCGCUCUCUCAGACCCGCCUCUCCAUCACCCACCACCCCGCCCAUGAGCUCCCUCCAUCGCGAACCCCUCCUGCAGUCUGCCCACCCCCCCGGCCAGUCCCAGCGCCUCUCCGACUCCUCUUUCGCCUCCUACGACAACCACUCCACCAUGUCCCACCGCGGCUACGGCCCCAGGUCAGACUCGCUCACCUCAUCCAGCAACUUUGGGCCCACUGCCUCCUUGGCUGGAGGCAGCAUGCUAGCAGGCGGUGUCGCGAGCCAGAACGGGCCCAUCCCCCAGUCGGCGUUCACUCCCCCCGGCGCGCCCGGUGCGCACAACUGGGACGACGACGACGACAUGGACGACGCCCUCCAUACGUUCACCGAGGCGGACAAGAAGGACCUCACUUCGCCGUUCGAUAUCACUUCUUGGCGUGGAUGGGCGAACGGCCUGAUGCUGGGUGUGCUCGCUGCAGGCGGCGUCAUGCUUUUCGCUGGGUACCCGGUUCUGACGUUUUACUAUGGCAACAAGACUUCGUCCGGGUCCAGCACUGCUGGAUAUAAUCUUGGUGGUAUCAAUGCUUCUGGGCAGUACCCCGAGAUCCCAGGUAUGCCUAGUAUGAUCGACCCCGACACGCCCGACUGGGCCAAGAGCCGUACCGGGUUCGACGAAGGCGAAUGGACGCUGGUAUUUUCCGAUGAAUUCAAUAAAGAGGGGAGGACGUUCUUCGAGGGCGAUGAUCCGUUUUGGACGGCCAUGGAUAUCCACUACUGGGCUACCGGCGAUUUCGAGUGGCUCGACCCUUCCGCUGUGACCACCAAAGACGGACACCUCAUCAUCACCAUGACCCAAGAACCGAUCCACGAACUCAACUUUAAAUCCGGCAUGAUUCAGUCCUGGAACAAGAUGUGCUUUAACAAGAAUGCUUACUUUGAGAUUUCGGCGAGUCUGCCGGGUGAUACGACGUAUGGUGGAUUCUGGCCUGGUAUCUGGACGAUGGGCAAUCUGGGACGACCGGGUUAUGGCGCGAGUACCGAAGGCAUGUGGCCGUAUACCUACGAUUCAUGCGACAUCGGUAUCCUCGAAAAUCAAACCUACAUCAACGGCUCUGGCCCCGCCUCCACCUUGACGACCGGCCUCGAAGGCGCCCCCGUCUCCGUCCUCCCUGGUCAACGUACCUCCGCCUGCACCUGCGAGGGCGAAGACCACCCCGGCCCGCACGUCGGCCGCGGCAGAUCCUCCCCCGAAAUCGACAUCGUCGAAGCCCAAAUCAUCGUCAGCGAAAAACGCGGUGAAGUGUCGCAGUCGUUCCAGGUGGCGCCUUAUGAUGAUCAUUAUCAGUUCAAUAAUGCGAGCGGGAUGGUGAAGCAGUACGAUACGGAUUUGACGUAUUGGAAUACGUACCUUGGGGGGCCUUAUCAGCAGGCGGUGUCGAGUUUGACGAGGCUGCCGAGGGACAUUUAUUAUAACCAGGAUAUCGGAGGGGACAGCAAGCAGUUUGCCGUCUUCGGGAUGGAGUACAAAGCAGUCCCAGAAUCGCGUGAAGACGGCUACAUCACCUGGUACGCCGACAACAAGACGAGCUGGACCAUGUACGCCGAUGCUGUCGCUGCCAACCCGCGAACAGAAAUCGGACGGAGGAUCGUGCCGGAGGAACCUAUGGCUAUGAUCAUCAAUUUGCACAUGUCAAACAACUACCAAGCAGUCAACUUUGCACACCUCAAAUGGCCGAAUUACCUGCGCGUGGAUUAUGUGCGGGUGUAUCAAAAGCCUGAUGCGAUUUCCAUUGGAUGUGACCCCGAAGAUUAUCCUACGGCGCAGUAUAUCGCGGACCAUGCGAAUGCUUAUGCCAACCCGAAUCUGACAACGUGGGCGGAUGCGGGGUAUGCAUUCCCGAAGAAUAGUUUGAAGGAUGGGUGUUGAUGGAGCGAGUUGAAGAUGUUGUAUGAUGAUUGAUGAGAGGAGUCUAGGUGAAGAUGAGGAGGAGGGCGAGGCCGGAAGGCGAGAAGAGCAACGAAGAGAUCUGUGAUGAUUCCAACGACCCAAUACCACACCCUUCUUGAUCCUACUCUACCCUUUCAUCAUCCUACGCAUCCCCUCUUUCUGUUCGCAUCAAUGUGCUCUCUUUGUGAACGUGUAGUUUUGCUUUCCGGUCACCAUUUGCGCUUCUACUACUGCUACAGAAUACAUACGUCAGCAUCUCCCAAAGUCGUCGAUCUGAUUACAUGUAGAGGAACUGGAUUAUGGACAAUGCAUUUUUUUGAGCCCC